GUGGUGACCAGUGAGUUUACUACAAGUGCUAGUGAGAGUGGUUUUCGUGAGCCAAAAAUAAUAACAGAAAAAAUAUUACAGUGCGUGAGAAGGACUUCGGAGAUUUUCUCAAAUUCUUCAUCUUUGAAGAAGAUGGGUCCUCUACAGCUACUCGUAGUUCUGGUUUGUGUGGCGGACUUGGGACGGGCUCAGGUCCAGUUCCCAGGCACAAGGGAUAAUGACUCGCCCACAGAAGAGGUCUCUAAAGACGCCCCAGCUACGCCACAAAGCGACAGUACUCCAAAUACAAGAUUCUUCCCCGGCCUCGUCGAGAGCAUCGACUUCCUGAACAUCUUCCACGACCCCUGCGACAGCUGUUCCUUCAAUGACCAGCAGAAGGCCAACCAGUGCUGUCAGUCUGGAAACCGUCGAUGCUGCUCUUUCUUGCAACCAAUUGGAUCCUUUGGCGGUCCCGUCGGGCACUUCGGCGGCGGCCCGGUCGGGCCCUUUGGUGGUGGUCCCAUCGGCCCGUCAUUCUCAGGGCAGUUCCCGGGGCAAUUCCAAGGACCCAUAGGUCCCCCUGGCUUCCCAGGACAAGUGGGUCCCCCUGGAAUUCCAGGGCAGUUGGGAGGUGGCAAGCCAGGCACUUGCCCAUUCGCCGCAAACACCCAGACAGGCUUCGGUAGAUUUGCAGGAGGAGGAGCCUCUUGCGUGCAAGAGUGCCAGAGCGACUUCCAGUGCUCUGGAGUCCAGAAAUGCUGCCCUGUAGGAUGCUCUACCGUGUGUCGUAGUCCCCCUGGAGCUGAGCAGAGCUUUGGCUUAGGCCCUGCAACGGUCAAACCAGGAUUCUGUCCACGACCUCAAGGCCUCUUUGGAGGCCUAUUUGGCACACGCUCUGCAGCCACUCCUGGAACAGGGUCAACUGCAGAUGAUCCCUCGGCAUCCCCUGCUGUGGAGGAGGUCACCGCAGAUGCAGACAAGCAAGCACUCAAAGCUCAGCGCAAGGAGGAACGUCGACAGGAACGCCGCGAACAAAGAAAGGAAGAACGUGAAGGAAGAGUCGCUAGAGAUGCAGAGGUACAAGAAGAUGAGAGUAAACGAAGCCGCCGAUCUCCCCAACGACGAGUCCAAGAAGAUCGUCGUGAGAGACGUCGUAACAGAUUCGAAAGGAUAUUUUCUAGAGUCACUCGAGAUGCUGAUGAAGAAGAGACAUCUAGAAGCCGUCGGUCUCCACAGAGAGAAAUCCAAGAAGAUCGGAGAGAAAGGAAACUAAACAGGCUUGAACGUGUCUUAGACAGGGUCACCCGUCAGUCUUCAUCACAUGGAGAAUCUCAAGAUGAUCGGAGAGAAAGGAAACAAAACAGGUUUGAACGUGUCUUAGACAGGGUCACCCGCCAGUCUUCACACGGAGAAUUCCAAGAUGAUCGAAGAGAAAGGAAACAAAACAGGUUUGAACAAGUCUUCGACAGGGUUACACGAGAUGUCUCUCCCGCUGAAGAAGAAGAUGAAGAAGAAAAGUCAAGGACUACACGCCAGACGGCAGAACCAGACCAGCGCUUCUUCUUGCCCAAACCCCCCAAGAUCCCAGGCCUUCCAGACUUGUUCUGUCGCGAUGAGUGCUUCAAUGACUUUGACUGCCCAGGCAAUCUGAAGUGCUGCGUCGAAAAUGACUGUCGCAAGUGCUUGAAUCCCUCAUUCUUCUAGGUCAUAACUUUUCAUUCCUGGGAGACUUCUCUCAUCAACUGUCCUUUCAUUCAGUACCACUACUCAUGGAAAUUCCUAUACUGUGCAACAUGAACUUUUGUACAGAUUCCCCAUCGAAAGCUUUAAGGCUAUUUAUUCCACUAAACUGCCUAUUUAUACACACAUUUUAUUUAUAUAUAUUUGGGAACACAAUAGCCACUUUUUAUGAAGCAUUGUUCAAAACAGUGCACUUCAAUAAAUCUUUUAUUAUAUAA